UCCCGGAGGCGGCGACCCGCAGGGGCCUGCACCGCCUGCCUGGCCCGGACCUCUCGGCCACUCGGAGGCUUGCACCCGACCCUUCUCCUGAUUUCCGCCUGGGCCUGCCCGGUGUCGGCAUCACAGGCGCUCGGUGCUCCAUACCCCUUCUCACGCCCCCGCAGUCUCCGCCUUCGGCCGACCUCGGGCCAGCAUGGUCCAACCCCAGACAUCGAAAGCCGAAACCCCAGCCCCCGCGGCUUCUGCCAAUGCCCAAAUGGAUGACGUGAUCGACACCCUGACCUCCCUGCGCCUCACCAACUCGGCGCUGAGGCGGGAGGCCUCCACGCUGCGGGCGGAGAAGGCCAACCUCACCAACAUGCUGGAGAGCGUGAUGGCCGAGCUGACCCUGCUGCGCACCAGGGCUCGGAUUCCGGGGGCGCUGCAGAUCACCCCGCCCAUCUCGGCCAUCACCUCCAGUGGGACCCGACCGAUGACCACGCCUCCGACCUCUCUGCCCGAACCCUUUUCCGGGGACCCGGGCCAGCUGGCGGGGUUCUUGAUGCAGAUGGACAGGUUCAUGAUCUUCCAGGCCUCCCGCUUCCCCGGGGAGGCCGAGCGAGUGGCGUUCCUUGUGUCCCGGCUGACUGGGGAGGCGGAGAAGUGGGCCAUCCCGCACAUGCAACCCGACAGCCCGUUGCGCAACAACUACCAGGGGUUCCUGGCAGAGUUGCGGCGAACCUACAAGUCCCCGCUCCGGCACGCACGGCGCGCCCAGAUCAGGAAGACUUCCGCCUCGAAUCGGGCUGUGCGGGAGCGGCAGAUGCUGUGCCGUCAGCUGGCCGCCACGGGCACCGGGCCCUGCCCUGUGCACCCAGCCUCCAACGGGACCAGUCCGGCUCCGGCCCUGCCCACCCGGGCACGGAACCUUUAAGAAUCGGCCGCCACCCUGGUCGCCUCUGCAGCCACCCAGGUAGCAUCCACCCGCUGCUGCGUAGAGGAAAAGUUGGAACGACAGCAUAGCAUCGCCCUCGUUUGAGGACGUCGCUUCCUGCCCCUCCAGACCUGUUCCACGAGGAGAUCUUCCUUCAUGGCUCUUGGGCGCUCUGUCAUCCACCUUGCUUGCUAGUGUCACGUGCUAGCUUUGUACCUGCACCUCAGCGCAUGUCUCCCCUCUCUUGCCUGCAACCCCAGCUCUUCUCGUGACCACAGCUCUGCUGCGCGGUCGCAGCGGCUCCACAGCACCCUGCGGACUGUUUGGGCUGACCCCUCCCAGCCUGACCAGGUUCAUGGAGACCCCUACUCCACCCUCUGCAGGCCCCCACCGCGGCUCCCCGCCUGCUGCCCUGUUCUCACUCGUGACAGAAAGGAGCCACUUUGGCCAGGCUGGUGGCUUAUGUGGGUACCUGGAGAGGGGUCUGGCUUUCUGCCCAUAGGUGAUCACCAGCCCUGUCAGGGCCCAGUGUGGCAGGCAGGGGCCUCGUCCCUGCUGUCCGUGGCCAAGUGACCACUGUUGGGAGAAUAGUUCCAGCAUUCGAGGGGCAGGCUUCGCUCUGCACAUGAGCACGCAGUCGUCAUGCCCAUUGUUGUGCUGGGAAAGACUGAUAUUUCAGCUAAAGGGAGAAGCCCCCAGCGGAUGCACCUCCUUUAGUGCCUGGCUUUAGCUGCCAGUGUUCUGAUAGCGCCAGGAACUUAGAGAAUCUGGAGCUUGCCUGUUAAAGAAGGUCAUUGUGACUUUGGACCCCUGGGCAGUUCCAUCCCGGCCCCACAGGCAGCACAUUCAUGCUCAUCCCUGCUUAAGACCCACUGCAGGCUGAGGGCUGGAUGCCAGUGGCUGGCUUUGCUGCCCUGGGCCUCCAGUGAGACUCACCGCCAGCUGCUAGUGUGCAGUCACCCCUCGUCUUUGUCCCACGUCACUUGGUGGUGGGCCUUGUCUAGCUUGAGACUCAUUCCCUUCUCCAUUCAGGUGACAUGUGGCCUUUACCUCGGCCAUUUCAGCCACCCCCACCAUCUGUCCGUCUCCAGAGCCUCCGUGUAGCCUGCCUUCCCUGUUCCUGGGCUGUCCAUCACAUGUCCAGUCUUUGUGCAGGAAAACAUGGACUCUCAUAGCUGGAGUCCAGCUUCUCUGGGGUGCAGCAUUAGCGCUUAAGGCAGGGGCGUAUCUGCCUCUGACAGCCCCAGCCAGGGCCUUGGUGGCAUUUGUAAAGGAAAAGAGCUGCAGACUACCUCAGUCCUGAUGUGGUGACAGUGCAGAACUGGCACUCGUGUCCUAAUUCUGAGGGGCAAAGCUGUACCUCUUAGUGGUGGAUGGCCUUGUGCUUCCUCCUGGGGGACGCCCAGAAAUCACUUUCUGAAUGAGACUUGGCCACGGCCUUUGGAGUGUGCUGUCCCCCCCAUAUGUCGAUGCCAGGUGAACCCCAUGUCCAUGACCACCUGGGCCACGGGGGAGAUAGGCUGUCUUACCCUGGUUCGUCUGCCCCUGUUCUGAAUGGUCCUGGCUUGACUGCAGAAGGACAGCGUCAGCACCCACCCAGAGACCUGUGUCUUGGGAUGCCCGGAGGUUGGGGCCUAGGGCCCGUCCUCUCUUCCUCAGAGUUUUGAUGAUGCUGGGAGGUGACUGCAUUCUGAAGCAGCUGCUGCCUUGCAGAGUCAAGGCUGUUCCGUGGUUGCUGGGGUUCCUGGACCACUGCCACCCACUCGUGGUAAACUCUGUUCGCCCAAUUGCCCUGCCAAACAACUGCCUGAGUACAGGCUUCACGCCCCCUGGAUUCCAGCCAAGGCUGUUCAGGUGGGACCAUGGUGCUCAUCAGGUGUGAAUGGGGGAGGACACAGUGGGGCCACCGUACUGGGGGUGGGGCCUCUGAUGGAGGUGUGCAGAUCAGUUUCUCUUGUGCUCAGUUCUCUCCUGUCUGCCUGCCAGGCAGAGGUGCCCACAGAUGAAGGGGUACUGUGGCAGCUGGGGAGAAAGAGGCCUGCAGGGGGUAACAGACACCUUGAAGGUUUCCACGUGGCACAGCCCAGCCAGGGUAGGAGACCCAGCCUGGGAGCAGGGCGGGAACUCGGCCAUCUCACCAACCCCUGGGUCGACCCAAGUGGUGUUUAGAAGUCCUGCUGUGUUUGCAUUUGGCGCUGUUUUCAGUUGCGCUGCUCGUACCAGGGCCAGAGCCACCAUAGGCCGAGGCUGGCCGUGCGGCCUGUGCACGCCGGUGAGCCGGCCCUUUGCCUAUGGCUGUGCCCGGCCCAGGCUGCUGCUCCGGCUUCGUCUGUCUCGCUGCUUUGGUGGUUUCCCCUGUUGGUGCUUGGUGUCUGUGGGCUAGGGACGGGUGCUCUUGUCCUGCGACCUUGACGGCUUCCUGCGACCUUGGAAACGGGAGCGCGGGAGAGAGGCUUGGGGGAAGCUCCACGUUGGGAGCCCGCUGUGGCUCUGGGGGAAGACGCCCUGGUCCCCAGCUAAAGAGAAGACCCAGGCUCCAGGCAGCCUGGAGCCGGACCACGUGACUGGGAGGCUCAAGCUGAGGGCGGAAGUGGGGUGGGGAGCUGCUUUGUACACAAUUGGGGGUAUGAUUUCUCUAAAUCUAAGAGGUAUUGCUUUAUAAGGGGACAGGCGGUUAGUGUGAAACAGUGCGUGUGAGGGACGGCUUUGUGUUUCUCCUGGUGUUGAGGAUAUUUGGACUAUCUUGUGACUGCUUUUGGUCUGUGUGACGCUCCAUCGGUAGGUAAGCUUCAUUGCAUAGCAGGGUGUCGCUGAGAUGGGGUUCAGAAUAAGGGAUACUGCUUGGCCUAACAGACAGUGUGGCCUUGGCAUUAACUUAAUGUCCUAAAGCAUGUCAGUGACUUCUAGGAAAAAGCAAAGACGCAUUUCGUUGGUCACAGGUGAGUAUGUGAUGAGUAAGUAAUGGCGAGGCGUGCAGAGUACCCCGUGCGGGUGCAGGUGAGCCUUUCCUGAUGCACGAGCUGCUGUUGUGAGGGGCACAGGACCGCCCCCCCCCCCGCCCCCCGCUGGAGACCAUGAUCUGGGCAGCUAGGCCUAUAGGAGAAUGGACACGUGUGGGGAGAGUUGGGUGUGGACUUAGGUUACCCUAAGGGAGCAAGCCAUGCACUGGGCCCACUGUGGGAAGCGGAGCUCGGUGUGGGAAGAGGGGGAGAUCCUUGCAGAGGUCCCUUCCAUCUUGCAGCCAGUGCUGUAAGACUGAGAUCGCCUCUGCUCGGGAAGCAUUAGAUCAGUGGCUCAGAGAUGAAGACUCAGAUGAGGCUCCGGGAAGGAGGCAUAGGGCAGAUUGUUGGGCCGACAGCAGAAGCUUGCAGCGUAGGGAGAAGGUUGGGGUUUAGGGCAGGUCCAUCACACUGAGCGUGAACAGAGCUGUGGUCUCCCGUGUCACCCCUCGGGUCCUAACACGGGGUGUGGUGGUGGUUGGCACAGCACAGACACAGUGCGGAGGAUGGGAGGGACCCCAGCUCAUAACUCCUUUCCGUAAACAAGUGACAACCUACUAGGUCUUUUCAUUAUCAAAGCAAAGCUACACGUUAUAGAAAUUUUGGAAAAUGAAGAAAGAGAAAAAAGUAAAAUUUUAACGUUUUGGUGUCUCUCCUUCCAGGCUCCCCCAUCAUGGUUUCUCUGCGUUUUGGUUUAGCAUAGUUGUGAUACUACCUUCUGUAGCUUAGAUCCCGGGCGUCCCCUGUGUUAUUACUAAUUUCCUUUCGGAAUGGCCGGGUGCUCCCCCAUGAGUAGUGCCGAUGGUUGGUCACCAGUGCUGUUACCAGUUUCUCACUGUGAGAAAUGGAUGAAUAUCUUCGUGCAUAAAGCUUUUUCCCAAUGUCAGGUUUUAUUUCCUUAGGAUAGAUUCCCAGAGGUGGGAUGAUGGAAUUAAAGAAUAUGAAAACCUUUGAGGCUCUUAUUACAGAUUGACAAAAUGGUUUCCAGAAAUGUUUGUAUCCGUUUCCACUGCCACCGGCAAGGAUAAAUGUGCCCAUUUUGCCAUCUUGCCAGCACUGAGUAUUAUCAUCUGGCUAAAUAUUUGCUGAUCUGAUAAUGAAAAACUAGUGUUGUGUUUUAGUUUGCAUUUCUUUGGUUUCUAGCAAAGUUGGACGUCUUUUCAUGUUAAGCAGGUGUAUUUCCUCUUUUGUGGAUGGUCUGUGUCCUUUGCUCUUAUCUACUGGGGUCUGAUAAAUUUGUAUGAGCUCGUUAUAUAUUAAAGAUGUUAACCUGU